UUUCCUCUCGCCGUCAGGCUCGUGUUUCUUACGCUAGGCAAAAUGGCUGACACUGGUGACAAGAAGCGCACUUUCCGCAAGUUCACCUUCCGCGGGGUGGACCUGGACCAGCUGCUGGACAUGAAGACCAGCGACUACGUUCAGCUGUUCCACGCCCGUGCGCGCCGCCGCUUCCAGCGUGGCCUGAAGAGGAAGCACCAGUCGUUCAUUGUCAAGCUUCGCAAGGUCAAGAAGCUGGCCGCCAGCGGCGAGAAGCCGGAGCCUGUGCGCACUCACCUGCGCAACAUGAUUAUUGUGCCGGAGAUGAUUGGCAGCGUUGUGGGUGUCUACAACGGCAAGACUUUCAACCAGGUGGAGAUCAAGCCUGAGAUGGUCGGCCACUACCUGGCCGAGUUCUCCAUCUCAUACAAGCCCGUCAAGCACGGACGCCCAGGCAUUGGCGCCACGCACUCUUCUCGCUUCAUUCCGCUCAAGUAAACGGGAGGAGCGGGCUGCGGGCUGCCUGGGCUGGCGCGGAGGACUGCAUCUUGUUCUCUUCGCCACUGCGGUGUGGCUUUGUAACGGGCGAUAAUCGGAGUCUUCUCGUGUCAAUAAUAAAACAAAUAGCAUAUGCAGCAAAAUAUAAGCAGCAGCAGCAGUUACUGGAGCAGCUUAGCAGCAGC